AUGAUAGACAACUUCGUGGUCAAUCUCUCUUCCACGCAGUUUACACAGGCUGAUCUGAAGCUGCUUAACAAAGGCCUGAAUUUUGCCGUUCCCCCACAGUGUGCCCCUCUCGCUGAUAUGGUCAGUAAUAUUGAAGCUGCUAUUCAAUAUGAGAAUUUCACACUGCAAUCAGCAGUACGGCAGAAUGUUAAACAAUGUAUCUCACGAACGGUCAGCAAUCGAAAUAGUACAGAGAAUAACAGUUUUGAGAUGUGGUAUACGAUCCGCCAGUUAAGAACACGCAACGUGAUUUAUUAUCGUGCGGACAAGGGAAAUGCUGUUGUGAUUAUGGACAAGGGAGACUACGAGUCCCGCGUCUGUGACAUGAUCAAAGCCGGUCCGUACGAGGAACAUAAAUUUAAAAACGGCAAACCUAGGGAUCCUCUGAAUGCGAUGGUCGAGGAAGUAAAUUUCGCGCGACAGAAAGUAGCACAUUUAAUGGGUGAAGAGAGACUCGAGAGGAAAUUUCACGUCCCCAACCCGAUGGUGGCUUCGCUAUAUUGCCUGCCGAAGAUCCACAAAAAUCCAGUUGGAAUGAGACCGAUUUUCUCCAACAUUCGCACACCAACCGAGAAAAUGGCAGCGUGGUUGGUGGAAGAAAUGAAAAAGUACCCGAUAACCCACGGAAAAAGCGUGAAAAAUUCUGUAGAUUUGGUUCAGCAACUAGAAGGGUUCAAAAUUAAGCGAGGGGAAAUUAUGGUAUCGUUCGAUGUCACAGCCCUUUUUCCAAGCAUACCGGUUACCGACGCGUUAAAAAGCUUGCGCCAGCAUUUAGAACGCAGCCGGGUGCCACAUCACCACAUGGAAGCUUACCUUUUAAUUGCUGAGGUAUGUAUGAACCAAAACUACUUCACUUUCAGAGGAAAAUGCUUCAAACAGACGUUCGGCCUAAGUAUGGGCUGCAAACUUUCACCGCUGUUAGCCAACGUUUUCAUGAGCGAUUUCGAAGAGGCCGCGGGAAAAGAGAAUUAUUGCCCACGAGUAUGGAAAAGAUACGUGGAUGAUGUUUUUGCCCUGGUGAAAGAACGCUACCUACCCCAAACAUUAGAUCUGCUCAACUCCCGCCACAACUCAAUCAAAUUUACGGUAGAGCGGGAAGUUGAGGGUAAAUUGCCCUUCCUAGACCUGAUGAUCACCCGAAAGGAGGAUGGCACAUUGAAGUUUGGGAUCUACAGAAAACCGACGUCUACCGACCGUUAUAUAACGGCCGAUUCCAACCACUUUGGGGGACAAAAACAAGCAGCCUUUCAUGCCAUGGCCCACCGGUUGUUUAAUGUGCCAAUGGAAGCCGAGGAGUUUGCCAAAGAACAGCAACAAAUAUGCAAAGCAGCAGAAAUAAAUGGCUACGACAAAAGAUUCGUGGACAAAAUUCUAGGAAAACAAAAACGCAAACAAGAGAAACAACAAAUCACCACACUAUUGCCCGGAAGUAGUGAAAUAAAAAGGAUCAGUUUACCAUUCUACCCCAAAGUAACCAACCGAAUAAAAAAUACACUGAGAAGACUUAAUUUUCAAAUCGUGCACAAAAGCGAAAAUACAUUGCGGGACUUGCUAUGCAAUUUAAAAGACAAAGUUCCCCCAGAUGAGCAUUCCGGAAUAUACCGGAUUCUAUGCCAGAAUUGUCCCUCGGUGUAUAUCGGGCAAACUCGACGCAAGGUGAAAGUGCGAAUCAAAGAACAUAAACACGCCGUUGAUAAUGCAAAGUCCUGCGAAUCUAGUGUAGCCGCCCACACCGUAACUUUAGACCACCAAAUAGACUGGAAAAACGCGAAAAUUAUUAAAAACGUAAGAAAAACGUCCCACUUAAAUGCUUGGGAAUCGCUUCACAUCAGUAAUCCGACAGAACCGCUGAUGAACGAAGACGAUCCCCCCAUCACAUCCUGCCUAUUUAACAUACUAAAGCGGAGAAUCCCGUAG